AUGGUGCAAGUUUUUAGGAGCGAUUCUCAGGCAUACGACCAACUAAUCAGAGUAUUCUCGAUCAACGACGGAGGAGUUCGAGGCACAAUCCCAGACGUAAUCCUCGGAUUGCCGACUAUUUCGACAUGGUUGCCGAAACAAGCACUGGAGGCCUCGUCACCGCCAUGCUCACGACUCCCAACCGAGACAAUUGGACGUUGUUCACGGCAAACAAGGUCAAGGAUUUCUAUCUCCAACUCUGCCCUCAGAUUUUUCUCCAAAAAGAGGGGUAAUAUCGUGAGCCGAUGCGCGAGGUUAGUGAAAUGGCUGUCGGGACCAAAGUACGACGGGAACUAUCUGCUUGCGCUUCUCAAGGACAAGCUUGGGGACACGAGAUUUAACGAGGCCCUCACGAGUGUCGUGAUUCCGACUUUCGAUAUAAAUAAGCUGCAGCCCACUAUUUUCUCGACUUAUGAGGGGAAUAAUUGGUCGAGCUUGAAUGCGCCACUCUCGAAUAUACGCAUAGGGACUUCAGCUGCUCUGACUUAUCUGCCCGUGGAUUACUUCGAAAUCGAUGGCGGUGUUUUCGCUAAUAACCCAGAAGUCACGUUGACUGUAGUAACGUCAUCCUUAGACGUGGCAAGUGAGAAGAAUUUGAGGCGUGUCGUGAAAGUCGGGUGA